AUAUUUGCUGUGAAACUGCUGAGGAGAGAUUGAGUAGAUGGCAAUGAAGGUGUUUUGGGCGUUUCUUCUCCUGGCUGUAUUGAGCUGUGACUGUAAAUUCAUGCCAUUCGACUGUUCUGACAUCUACAACUCAGGAGAAACAGUCAGUGGGAUUUACACCAUCUAUCCAGCAGGAGACGUUCCUGUCUGGGUUUACUGUCACAUGACCUCAGAUGGGAAAGAUGAAGACAACGGAGGAUGGACGGUGAUUCAGAGGAGAAUGGACGGCAGUGUGAAUUUCUAUCGGCCGUGGAAUCAGUACAAGAGAGGAUUCGGGAAUGUGGAGAGCGAAUACUGGCUGGGGCUGGAGAACAUGUAUCAGCUGACACGUAACAGAAAGUACAUGCUGAGAGUGGAUCUGGAGGACUUUGAAGGAAGGAAGGGUUUUGCUCUGUACUCGUCCUUCUCUGUGGAUCCUGAAUCUGACGGGUAUAGACUGCAUGUUUCAGGGUUCAAGGAUGGAGGAGCUGGUCGGACACUUUCAUUCAUCCUCAUGAAUAUUAAUUUGUGACAUUCC